GAUCAAAAGCUUGUUAUUAACCCACCAAGGAUUACAACAAAACCUACAAAUACAAAAGUCUAUCUCUAUGCCCAUUUGCAAUAAACUUCAAAUUGGAAUCAUAAUCAGCACAUCCAUAAUCAACCACCAUCAUCUUCUGAGCUUUGACCCAUUAUCACCAUCAUCAUCAAAUCAAUCUACUGAUCUUAAUAAAAACCCUAACCCUAGAUUUGUUUUUUGAACCAUUGCAAUGGACCUAACCAUCACCUCCAUCACCACCAACACCCAUACCCCAGAUUCAGAAAAUGAAACCCCAUCUGCACCCACUGCUCCACCCAAUAAUAAGACCAUAUCCUUCACCAACGGCGCACUAAAGAAACAUUCACACCACAAACGCCGCCGCUCUCCGCCACCAGUUGUGGUGGUGAAAUAUAAAGAAUGUCUCAAGAACCACGCCGCCAGCUUGGGUGGCCACGCGCUGGAUGGUUGCGGAGAGUUCAUGCCCUCUCCCACCACCGCCACCGCCACCACCACCGACAACAACCCCACCGACCCCCCCAACUCUCUAAAAUGCGCUGCCUGCGGUUGCCACCGCAACUUCCACCGCCGUGAAGACGACAACCCCACCACCACCACCACCCACUUUCUUGACUUCUACCGCCCCCACCACCAUCCUCUCCUGCCACUAUCACCAACCCCUUGCCGGAGCUCACCACCCUCAUCCACCACCUCCCCACCACCACCACCUCCGCUGCCACAGCCAUCCUACUACUCUUCAGCUCCCCACAUGUUGCUGGCCCUCAGCUCCGCCGCCCCCGAAGACCAAUUUAUGGUGACUCCGGCGACUCCCACGGCGGCGAAGGCAGAGAACCCAAAUGGGAGAAAGCGAUUUCGGACCAAAUUCAGCCAGCAGCAGAAGGAGAAGAUGUUCUCAUUCUCUGACAAGUUGGGUUGGAAGAUGCAGAAAUGUGACGAAAGUUUGGUGGAAGAGUUUUGCAAUGAAGUUGGGGUUGGUAAAGGUGUUCUCAAGGUGUGGAUGCACAAUAACAAGCACUCUUUUGCCAAAAGAGACUUCAAUUCCACCACCAUCAACAACAACAACAACAAUCAUCAUCAUCAUAAUGAGGGCAAUAAUGGUGUUCAUCUUCAUGUUUCCACUAAUGGGUCUUCUUCUUCAGCUUGAUCCACCCAUAAGAAACAAAAGCUUUCAGAGACUGAAGAAAGAGACACAGUAAUUCCUUCUUCUUCUUCUUCUUCCCAUUUUCUUGUUUUUGUAUCAAUGUCAAUGAUGGAGAAAGAAGAGAUCACAGGAUAAUAAUUAUUUAACUCAUCAAAGUUUAUCACUUUUCGUUUGAAUCUUAUAUGUAUCUGUUGCUAGUUAAUAUUUCUUCUGCUUUUCAAUUAGGUAGCUUGAGUAUUAAUUAUUGGCGUACCUCCUCCACACCUUCUUGUUCAAGUGUUUUCUUUUCUUUUCUUUUCUGAUGGAUUUCUGUUUUUUCUUGGAAAUUUCAUAGUUGUUUGAAUGGGCAUUUGGUCAUUGUAAAUUGUAACUAUAUGUAGGAGGGGGACACUGUUGUUUCUGCAUCGACUUGGUUGUCCAAAACUGGCAUUUUGUCAGCUUUGGUUACAGCUGGUUAAUAAUGUCAUCUGCAAUUCUGUCUUCCUGCA